AUGGAAGCCUUCAUCUUCAGCAGCACGUCAAGAUCAGAGGCAUGGAGAAUGGAAGUGGAAAACAGGAAGAAGAAAAUCAUAAAGGAAAUUAAAAGAGAGAAAGAAGAAGAAUGCAUCUUGAGCUUUGGGAGAGUUAUCAAUGGCGGCUUAGCAGGAGACUGGAAAUUGAGAAUUGAAGAAAUGGGAGAUUUGCAGAAAUGGGGUACCAAAAAGAUUGAGGUGAUUAUAUUCAAAGACUCCCCUUUGAAAAAUAUGGUGGGCAAGUAUAGUACAGAAGCAUUUAAGGAAAUGGAGAAUUUAAUAUUUCUUGAAAUAAGUGGAGAGUAUGUCUAUCUUGAUGGAAAGUUCGAACAUCUAUCUAAGGAGCUUAGAUGUUUAAAAUGGGAUCACUGUCCUUUGAAAUCUAUUAAUAUUCCGUCUAGCUGUUCUUUUGAGAAGCUUGUAAAUUUGGAAAUGGAGCAUAGCAACAUCAAAGAAUUUCCCACCCUUAAGCAUUUCCCAUGUCUCGAGGUUCUGAACCUUGAUUACUCCGAUUAUCUCACGAGGACUCUGAACUUUAGCGGUGCUCAAAAUCUUCGCAAGCUAUCAUUUCUACGCUGCUGUAAUUUGAAAAAGGUGCACUCUUCUAUCGGAGAGUUGAAGAAACUAAUUCAUUUAAGUUUUCAUGGGUGUGAGAAACUAGAGAAACUUCCAAAUAACCUUCGCCAUUUGAAUGCACUACAAUUUCUUGAUGUGUCAUAUGCCCCAAAGCUAAAAGCAUUGCCUGAAAUUUUUGCAAAUUUAACCUCAAUACAAACACUGUCCCUGGGGAGAACCAAUACUUAUGGUGUGGUCUCCAACCUGUCUCGUUUGUCCAAGCUUCAAAUAAUUCAUUUGAAUUUCUGCAAGAACAUAGAAGUACUUCCAAAACUUCAUCACACUGUUGAAAAGGUCUAUUUGGAUCAUUGCCACAGCUUAAAAAUGGUCCAAGAGCUUCCACCUCGUCUUAGAGAUUUUAGCUUAAAUGCUUGCCAAAAUCUUGAAAUACUUCCAGAACUUCCCCCGAAUCUUUCGAGAAUUAUAUUAAAUGGUUGUCGAAAUCUUAAAAUGCUCCCAAAACUUCCUCCCCGUCUUGAGAUACUUUCCUUACAUGGUUGCGGAUUUCUUCAAAUACUCCCACAGCUUCCUCCCAAUCUUAGGGAUAUUAGGUUAAAUGGUUGCAGCAAUCUCAAAAUGCUCCCACAAUUUCCUCCCAGUCUUGAGAGAAUUUGGUUAGAAGGGUCCAAAAACCUAAAAAUUUUCCCAGAGCUUCCUCAGAAAAUUGGAACUCUUAUAGCUAAAAAUUGUGAGUCUUUGGAAAAAGUAUCAAACUUCUCCAACUGUACGGAGCUGCGAGUAUUGGAUCUUAGUGGUUGCAAAAAGUUGAAGGAAAUUCAGGGUUGGGAGAAUAAUCUUCAUAUAAAGAGCAGCAUGAGGUUAGGAGGUGUUCCACAUAUUGAUUUCUCAGAAAGCUUUAAGGAGGUUCUGUUAGAUUCACGUUUGGGUUACGUAGGUUUUGAAUGUAGUCUUACAUGCAACGAAAUUCCGAGUUGGAUUAGAUGUAAAGAAGAAGGUGCACCAUUAUCUUUCCAAUUACCUACUGAGGCUAAAACACUGGAAUUUGUUGGACUCAUUUUUUGGGUGGUGGUCAAACCCCUAGCAAUAUUCCCGGGACUUUCUUUUGAUUAUUUCGUCAGUAUUGAAACUAGUGCUUAUGAAAUGAACAAACAGUUAUCUUUUAAUGUCCAAUUAGAAGUGGAAGAAAUUUCAAUUCUACAUUUUAUUCCACGGUAUCGAUUUGAAGAUAUAAAAGUCGGAGAAGUCAUCAAAGUUACUCCUAUAACAACAACUAGUAUUGAGGGUUUCCCAACAUUAAUUGAAGACUGUAUGGUGAAGAAAAUAGGAGCUGAACCUUUAUACACAGAUACAUAUGGCGUCCGACAAUUUGUACCUCUAAUGAAGUUGAGAUCCCAAUAA